GUUUUGGGCAAUGGAUGCUCUGUUGCACUCAUUCAGUGUUUAGUGAGUGUUUGGGUAUUUGUAUUGUUUGAAUCGUUGGCCAAACAACUACUGCACACUCUUUGCGACCCAAAGGUUGCGAUAAUCGCCAAUUGAUUUGUGUUGACUCAACACAUCCGGUGAGCAGUGCUAUCGGUUGAGCAGUUGAUGGCCGACACACAGGCCGUCAAAUACGGCACCCGAAUGGAGGACGAAGGCAUGCAAGACAAAGAACGGUUCGCCAGGGAAAAUCACAGCGAAAUCGAGAGAAGACGGCGAAACAAAAUGACCGCUUAUAUCACUGAACUGUCGGAUAUGGUGCCCACGUGUUCAGCACUGGCCAGAAAGCCCGACAAACUCACCAUUCUUAGGAUGGCUGUCGCGCACAUGAAGUCACUUAGAGGAACGGGUAAUACUAGUAGUGACGGUACAUAUAAACCAUCAUUUCUAACCGAUCAAGAACUCAAACAUUUAAUACUUGAAGCUGCGGAUGGCUUUCUGUUUGUGGUGGCGUGCGAUACCGGACGUAUCAUUUAUGUGUCCGAUUCAGUCACACCUGUUCUCAAUCAUUCUCAGACUGAUUUUUUCAAUUCAUGUAUUUAUGACAUAAUACACAACGAAGACGUCGACAAAGUUCGCGAACAGCUCUCGACUCAAGAAUCUCCAAACUCUGGACGAAUUCUUGAUCUGAAAACGGGAACUGUUAAGAAAGAGGGCCACCAGUCGUCGAUGCGAUUGUGUAUGGGUUCGAGGCGUGGCUUUAUAUGUCGCAUGAAGAUCGGGAACGUCCAGCCGGACAGCAUAUCCCCGAGUCAUAUACACCGUAUGAGACAACGCAACAGUUUGGGUCAUUCACCGGAUGGCAACUCGUAUGCAGUCGUUCACUGCACCGGAUAUAUCAAGAAUUGGCCGCCGACUGGCGUUCAAAUGGAUCGCUUGGACUCGGAUGACGGACACUCUCAUUGUUGUCUCGUUGCCAUCGGUAGACUUCAAGUGACAUCAACGCCAAACACCAGUGAUUUGAUGGGCUCUAAUUCAAACAACGAGUUCAUUUCCCGACACAGUAUGGACGGCAAGUUCACGUUUGUCGACCAACGAGUCUCAGCUAUUCUUGGAUAUCAACCGCAAGAACUUUUGGGAAAGACUUGCUUUGAUUACUUCCAUCCCGAAGAUCAGAAUCACAUGAAAGAGAGCUUCGAACAGGUGCUAAAACUUAAAGGUCAGGUCAUGUCUGUUAUGUAUCGGUUUCGGGCGAAGAACUGCGAUUGGGUUUGGUUGAGGACCAGUAGUUUUGCUUUCCUUAAUCCAUAUACUAAUGAUGUCGAGUAUAUUGUCUGCACAAACACUUCAGCCAAAAGUUUGCAUCACUCGAACGCACCUGAGAUGAGUGCUGAUCCGCAGAACACUGGGACCGCAAACUCUAAUAUCGGACAUCAAUAUCAAACUCAUUCCAUGCCUGGCGUUGGUAUCAUUUCGGGACAAUCAGCCAAACACGAGGGACUGGACUACAGUCUGCAGCGUUCGGCCACUGAUGUGUACUCAUCAAUGAUGCCGACCCGCACUCAUAUCCAGAAUCAAAAUCUAGCUGACAGACGGCCUACGAAUGAGAGUCAAGUGUACAACGCUUACGAUCCCAGCCAUCCAUCAGCGCAAACACAUCCGGGACUUAAUUAUCCAAACAGUGGUUCUUCGGCUCCAAAUCCACUUUCGCAACAAAUGAACAAAACAGGAACUCCCGGCUCAUCCACUUCACCGCCACAAAGCACUUGGACUCCGAGACAUUUGACUCGACCCGAAGCUUACAAUCAGAACGUAGCGGCAGCUUAUAAUCAAAUCAGUCCUCCCUCUCGAAGUCCUUCCGGACCCACUUAUACACAACUGAACUCUACUCCAGGAUCCAGAGGAAUGUGGGGCCAGUGGCACAACAGCGCCGCACCCGACGCUCCCACCACUUCUGCGUCGUCUGUGAGCCAUCCCUCCACUCACGGCAACACAUCGGCUCCAAAUCACGGCCCCGGAGGACCACAUCAACCCCAGGAACUGUCAGAUAUGCUUCAAAUGCUCGGACAAUCGGAACCGACAUCUUUUGAAGAGUUAUCGAUGUUUAACACAUUCACCGAAUGAUUGAAUGAAUGAUAUCUCGUGAAAACUUAUGCAA